AUGGAUCCAAAUGCUGGGCCACUCUCGGAGUUGGAAAGAUGGCGGCGGCGUCAACGGUUACUGACCAGCAUUACAGAACAGCUCAAAAGUAAAGAAUGCAAAGCUGUGAUUGGUGUCUUGAUAACUGCCAAAUCCAGGCUGCUGAAGAAAUGGAAAAAUGUGGAUGCUCAGAUCACUGAUGCGAUGAAUGACACCAAAGACAAGGUCAAAUACCUGGAAUCUCUGAGACGCCAUUUCGACCAGCUAUACCAGGAUGCAACACCGGCCUCCAUCAUCAACAACGCCAUCCCUGGCAUCGUCAACAGCGUGCGCCAGAUGGAUUCCAUCUCCCGGUAUUACGUGAGGACCGGUUUUCUGGGUAUCGUUUUUACCAAGAUCACCAAUCAGCUGGUGCUGGCUUGUAAGGAGUACAUUAAGAACUGUACCAUCACGGCCUACGAUGGGGACGAACUGUGGGUCAGGAUCAAGGAGGAGAUCAGAAACAGGGACUCACUGCCCCUCGUGGACCCCCAGCAGAGGCUGCUCAGGAACCAAGUAGAGGCUAAAAUUAAGCAACAAGGGGCCCUGACGAGAGGAAAAACAAAGGAAGGUAAAGAUCUGGGGUUACAGGACGACAGUUUGUACGGGAGACUGAAGGCGUGUCUGACCCUGCAGGGCUACUACAGGGAGACCCUGAGGUCACUUAGAGACUCCCUGGGACAGACCAACAACAUGUCCCACUUCCCCUCCCUCAGCAGUGUGGGGGGACCAGGCAGCUUCACCACCAGAUCCAAACCAAGCAAUGCCUCCAGAUCGGGCCCGUCCGUGUCUCCUAAGAAGGGGAUAUCAUCGCUGAUGACUAAUGACGCUGGUCACGGCGUGUCGAUCGCUGACGAGGACGCCAUCAUGUCACACAUGGACAGUUUCUGUAACAGGAUCAGACAGCUGAUUGACGUCAUCAACACCCUCGCUCAGUAUAAUAAGUUGUCCACAAGCACCAUUGGUGUCCCUAAACCCAGGAAGGAGGACCUUGUGAUUGACGACGAGGACAGUGAUGAAUACAAGUACAGGAAGUACCGCGAGAACAAGGCCAACAAAUUGGAAUAUGAUGAUGACGACGAUGGCAACCAAGGACUGCCGGGGACGAUCGCGAUUCCGUCGCCUGAGAGGAGCGGACUGAGGGCGAUCAAAGAGGACGAGGAGAACCAGGAGGACAACAUUUCCGAGAUCGAGGAGCUGGAGAAAACGCCCGCCCCCGCCGACAACGGCGACGACGUGUUCGAGUCCGUCAACAACAACAAGGGGCUCAACGAAAACGAACUGGGAGUGCUGAGGCGAUACUUCCCAGAGGAUGAAGAAGAAGAAGGGCCCAGUAUAUCCGCCAUGAUCUCCCAACACCUCCAGCAGAUGACACAGGCCAUGAGUGACAAUGUCACUACUAAAACCAUGCUGGAUGUGGAGUCCAAG